AUGUUGGACCACUGCGCUGUCCCAGACUGUACAGGAGGAAAGUCCGACUCUCAGCCAUUAUUCCGGUUCCCUCUGGACUCGGAAAGGUGCCAGCAAUGGGUCGAAAAAUGCCAGCGGGAAGAUCUACUUCAGAAACCUGCAGAGCAACUAUACAAAUAUGAAAGAAUUUGUGGGAAACACUUUGAACCAUCAGUCCUUGAAAAUGUAGUGCUGAAGGAUGAUGCUAUUCCCACCAUUUUCGAAUCAUCAGCAACCAGCCAGGGGAAGAGGAAAGUUGAUGUAAAAGCAAAUGAAAAGGAGCUCAAGGGAAGAAAGAAGCUGAAAGAGCCUGAGCCCCAACCCGCCAACGAUACACAGCCGGUGCCAGAAGAAGACCCGGAUAGAGAGUACCUCAAGUCUCUAUUUGAAAUUUUCCUGGUUCUACACAUCUCACGCGUUUGCUUCGCUCUUGAUUUUCAGUUUGCAACCACCAGCAAAGCUAGCUAA